AUGGGUUUCACCGACUUCCCCCAGGAUGCUGGUCUAAAUGACCUCAACACAUGGUUGAGCACUCGAUCCUACAUCAUCGGUCACGCAGCCUCCCAGGCCGAUGUCGCCUGUUUUCAGGCCCUGAAGCAGAGCCCCGACGCCGCCGAGCACCCGCACGCUGCCCGCUGGUGGGCGCACAUCGCCUCUUACGAGGCCGACUUCACGACGCUGCCCGGCGACGCCUCCAAGCCUUACACCGCCUACGGCCCGGAUAUCGUCGCCGCCGAGGCGGAGGAGAAUGACGACGUCGACUUGUUCGGCAGUGAGGAAGAAGAGGAGCAAGAUGCCGAGGCUGCACGCGUCCGCGAGGAGCGCCUGGCUGCGUACAAGGAGGAGAGGGCGGGAAAGCCCAAGGCAGCUGCCAAGUCCGUCGUUAUCAUGGAUGUGAAGCCCUGGGAUGACGAAACCGACAUGCAGGCUUUGGAGGCUUCCAUCCGCGGCAUAGAGAAGGACGGCCUUGUCUGGGGUGCGUCUAAGCUGAUGCCCAUCGGUUACGGCGUCAAAAAGCUGCAGAUCAGCCUGGUCGUUGAGGAUGAGAAGGUAUCGCUUCAGGACCUCGAGGAGGAGAUUGCGGGAUUUGAUGACUAUGUCCAGUCUACCGAUAUCGCUACCAUGCAAAAGCUGUGA